UUCGGGGUGUGCACACACUGCGCCUGGCCACUUUUUUUGUGAAGUGAGCUGCAUAUUUUUGUUUUGUCGUAAUAAUAAAGUUCUCGGUUAAAAUUCAAGUGUUAGACUCGCUAAACGUUCCGCAGACAUCGGGUAUUAUAAUUAGCGCAGUUGAAAAAGGCGGGGAGAAUCGGCUGGAACGGCCAGCCCCCUCGGGCCAAUUAGCGAAAUUGCCCAGCGAAUUGCGCAAAUGGCCGAUGGAACUUCGGUUUUUCCGUUGAACUGAAGAAGGCCCAAGGAUACAAGGAUCAUCAGGAUGGACGACCUGUCGCAGGGCGACAUCUGCCGCGUGUGCCGCUGCGAGGCACAGCCGGAUAGGCCGCUCUUCUACCCGUGCAUCUGCACGGGAUCGAUCAAGUACAUCCACCAGGACUGUCUGAUGCAAUGGAUGCGAUACUCGCACAAGGAGUACUGCGAACUGUGCGGCUACCGCUUCAGCUUCCAGCCAAUCUACGCCCCGGACAUGCCGCGAGUCCUGCCGCUGAAGGACGUCCUGGUGGGCCUUAUGUCCGCCGUUUUGGAGGGCGCCCGCUGCUGGCUUCAUUAUUCCUUGGUAGGAAUGGCCUGGUUUGGCGUGGUCCCUCUAUCCGCCUAUAGGACCUACCGGUACCUGUUCCGCGCAAGCUCCUUCGACAUGAUCCUCACGCUGCCCUUCGACAUCUUCUCCAUGGAGAACCUCGCCGCGGAUGCUUUUCGCGGCUGCUUUGUGGUCACCUGCACGCUGCUAUCUUUUAUAGGAUUGGUCUGGCUGCGCGAGCAGAUUCUCCAUGGCGGCGGACCCGACUGGCUGGAGCGGGAGGAUGCCCCUCUGCAGGCUGCAGCGGCUGCUAAUCCGGCGCCAGCUCCCGCUGCGGAGGCAGCUCCACUGCUGCCUCAGGACGACAACAACAAUGCCGAAAAUGCGCCGCAAGAUGUGCCCAUGGAUAAUGAAGCGCCGGCCGCGGCGGACAUCGAGGGACAGAAUGCUGCCGCUCCAGCGGCCGCUGCUCCCGCUGUGGACGCCGAUGCUGACGAACAGAACUGGAAUCCUAUGGAAUGGGAUCGGGCUGCCGAGGAACUCACCUGGGAGCGCCUCCUAGGACUCGAUGGCUCGCUCGUUUUCCUCGAGCACGUCUUUUGGAUCAUCUCGCUGAACACUAUGUUCAUAUUCACCUUCGCAUUCUGUCCCUACUGCGUGGGCAACUUUAUCCUGAGCUCCAUGGAUCUGCUGCAGCCGGAGAAGCCACUGCUGCACUUCCACGGCCUGAUUACCACUUUGUUCGGCUACUGUUGCAUCGGAUUGACUCUGGUGGUGUUGCACUUUUUCGCCAGAGUUUUCCGGCUGCGAAGAGUAUGCUGGUUCAUCGGACUGUGCUACAUUGUGGUCAAGGUAUCGUUACUCUCUGUGGUGGAAAUCGGAGUGCUUCCGCUAAUUUGCGGCUGGUGGCUGGACAUCUGUUCGUUACCCUUGCUGGAUGCCAGCUUGAAGGAUCGUAAGGCAAGCUUCAAGGCUGCUCCAGGCACCUCUCUAUUUGUCCACUGGAUGUUUGGCAUGGUCUAUGUGUACUACUUUGCCGCUUUCAUUUCGCUCUUGAGGGAGGUACUUCGGCCGGGAGUGCUCUGGAUAUUCCGCAAUGUCAACGAUCCGGACUUUAGCCCCAUCCAGGAGAUGAUCCAUGUACCGAUAGUGAGGCACAUCCGUCGUUUGGUCGCCUCCGCCAUGAUCUUUGGCUUCGCGGUGUUCUUGAUGCUUUGGCUGCCUAUUAGAAUUCUGCAGGUGGCCUGGCCCAACUUCUUGCCCUAUGCGCUGAGUGGCGAUGCGGAGGUCAACGAUCUUAGUCUUCAAUUGCUGCUCCUGCAGAUCGUUUUGCCAGGCUUUUUCGAGCAGACCCAAACACGAAUCUGGCUAAAGGGGUUACUACGCAUUUGGUGCACAGCGGUGGCCUGGUUGCUGGGAAUUCGAAGUUACCUGCUCCCAGCACCAGAACCCGAGCCCGAAAAUCCCGCAGCUGGCGAAGAGGGUGGGGAGAAUGCCGCUGGCGAGAAUAGAAACCAAGAGGGCGAGGCUGAGGGAGCUGCAGCGCCACCGCCACCGCCCCCUCCACCGCCACCGCCAGUGGAACCGGCGCCUGCACCACGAAACCUGGCCGCCGCCCAUCAGGCCAUGAUGCAGCGCGACGCACCCGUGGGAUUCCAGCCGUACGACAAGCCCUCGCUGUUCGCAAUCCGUUUGUGCGCCCUCCUAUCGCUCAUGUGUUUGUCCAUCGUGUGUGCGGCCAUGUUGACGCUCACGGUUCCCGUGUACAUUGGCCGCCGAUUGAUGAUGCUCUGGACUGGACAGCCGGGUGAGAAGGCAGCGGGUGCGGCAGCUGCAGCAGGAGCAGUAGAAGUGGCUGGAAAUUUGGCGCCAUUGGAUGCGGAAGGAGCCAGGAAGAACGAGCGAUUGCUGCGCUCGCAUGAGCUGUACACCGCUGAGAUAGGUGGCUACCUGUGCUGGAUUGUCUGCCGGGGAGUGGCAGUGGUGGUCACCCUGUUGCCCCAAGGACGCGCGGCCAUUGUCAGCAAACUAAAGCACUGGGCGCGAGUGGCAUUACAAUAUGCCCUGCCGGUUCUAACACUCCUCGGAAUAUUCGUGCUGGUUCCUUUGCUGUUUGGAUUACUACUCGAACUGGUGGUGGUGAUUCCCUUACGCGUUCCUUUGCGCAAGACACCCAUCCACUUCCUGUGGCAGGAUUGGGCGCUCGGAGUGCUGUACAGCAAGAUAGCCAUCGCCUUGACUUUGAUGGGUCCGGAUUGGCAUUUGAAACGGGCCUUGGAGCGCGCCUACAUGGAUGGAUUGCGCGAUUUUGAUUUGAAGUUUGUGAUGCGGGACUUGGCGGUGCCGGUUGUUACUACAUUUGGCCUGGCUCUGGCCGCUCCCUACGUUCUGGCCCACAUGGUGUUCCCGAUUUUCCUGGCCGACGCUUAUGCGCGGCAUGCCAUCGCCCGUCUUGUGUACCCUGUUAGCUUCAUAGUGGUGGGCAGCAUCUGCUUCGUUUUGUUCCAGAUCAAGCAGCUGAAGAAGCUCUACCUUUCCAUCAAGGUGGAUAAGUAUCUGGUGGGUCAGCGGCUGGUCAACUACGAGCACCGCAAGAAGCAGCAGCAGCAACAGCAGCAGCAGCAGGAGGAGGAGGAGCAGCAGCGGGCGGCUCGAGAAUUGAAGGAGCUCCAGGAGAGGGAGAGGGAGCGGGAACGGGAGCAGCUGGCCCAGGAGCAGGACUUGGCUGAGCUUCUGUAACUAGAUCAGAUUAUUAUUUCAACCCGACAAGGAGGAGAAGGAUGCCACGAGAUGAUGUUUGGAAAUAUUUGUGUUUUUCCGUUGUCGAGCCACUCCUGCUGCUAAUAUAUCUCGUUUUAGUCUCUGUUGCCCUACCAAAACGGAGGAUUUACAAAUUAUCGAGUGAAAGAAACCUAUUUUGUUCUAGCUUCGGCCCUUUUUCCCCACUUUUAGUUAACUUUCGUUAUAUGAUUAAAAUGUUAGCUACAAUUGUUGUUAAAUCCCUAAUCCUUUUACCGCUUAGAGGUCAUAAGUUGUAUGAUAUUUUAAGACAGCCAGAAAAAAACCCCCGCCACGUCCGCGAUUUCACACAUAUAUGAAAUCUAAGGGCAGCGUAUACACCUUGUAUUAGAGCCGUAUUCAGAAACUACAUUUGGAGAAUUGUCAACACAGCAAAAACUUUAGAAAACCCCGAAAUAAACCAAAUCCAAUAUGGUAAAA